CCUUUGCCGGGGGAAGAGCUGGGCUGGCCGGGAGCAGCGGGAGGAGCCGUAGGCGGCUCAUCCUGGGGACGCUUCGCUCCCACCUCCCGUGGGAUGCGAGGGAAUAGCUUCCCGAACGAAACGUCCUCUCCUGGAUCUUCUCCUUCAUUACUGCGUGCGCCUGGGCAGGCUGGGGGAAGGAGCCUUCAGCCCCGCUGGGGUGAGCGCAGCGAUGCAGGGCUCCUGCAGCUGCCCCCGGGAGCGCCUCGGUGGAGAGGGCUGGGCGCUGGUGUUGGUGGCAGCCCGUCGAUAUUAAAUUAAGGCUAAAUUCCCCUACUAAAUGUUACGCUAACACGAAGUUACAGCAGGGAGCGCAGAGCGCAGAACAGCAAUAUGCGGCAUCAGCAAUCCCAGCCGGGCCGGGCCGUUCGAAGGGGGACCGCAGCAGGCAGCUCGCAGGCUCUGAGGCACGGUGGCACGUCGCUCCGGGGCUCUGUCCCUGAGUCUCCGGGCUCUCCCGCCCCACGGAUCUGGCCGUUCCUGCUGGGAAAACCGGAGGCUUGCGGUGAUGGGGAUGCGCUGAGCCCUCGCCCCAGGUAGCUUCAGGCCUGGAUGUUGGUGCUGCUCCUCCCGGACGAUGUGGCUGAUACUCUGGAGAAGCCCUCUCUUGCCCCCUGUUCUCCAAGUGCCUGAGCUGGUGGCCGGCUGGGACCUGCGUCUCGCCCUGUGGGUCCUGAGCUUCGCCUCGGCCGUCGUGCGCAUGGAGGGCCAGGUCUACUCUCCCACCGUCAACACGCACUAUGGGAAGCUGCGGGGGGUGCGCGUGCCGCUGCCCAGCGAGAUUUUGGGACCCGUGGACCAGUACUUGGGGGUGCCUUACGCCGCCCCCCCCGUCGGGGAGAAGAGGUUCAUGCCCCCCGAGCCGCCGCCCUCCUGGUCGGGCAUCAGGAACGCUACCCACUUCUCGCCGGUCUGCCCCCAGAACAUCCACAACGCCGUUCCCGAGAUCAUGCUGCCCAUCUGGUUUACCUCCAACCUGGACAUCGUGGCCACCUACAUCCAGGACCCCAAUGAGGACUGUCUGUACCUCAACAUCUACAUCCCCACGGAGGAUGUAAAACGGAUUUCCAAGGAAUGCACCCGAAAGCCCAACAAGAAAAUAUGUAGGAAAGGAGGAGCCAGCGCUAAGAAACAGGGAGAGGACUUAGCGGAUAAUGACGGGGAUGAAGACGAAGACAUCCGGGACAGCGGGGCCAAGCCGGUGAUGGUGUACAUCCACGGGGGCUCCUACAUGGAGGGCACGGGGAACAUGAUAGACGGCAGCGUCCUGGCCAGCUACGGGAACGUGAUUGUCAUCACCCUCAACUACCGCGUUGGAGUGCUGGGGUUCCUGAGCACGGGGGACCAGGCUGCUAAGGGCAACUACGGGCUGCUGGACCAGAUCCAGGCGCUGCGCUGGGUCAGCGAGAACAUCGCCUUCUUCGGCGGGGAUCCCCUGCGGAUCACCGUCUUCGGCUCCGGCAUCGGCGCCUCCUGCGUCAGCCUGCUCACCCUGUCCCACCACUCGGAAGGUCUCUUCCAGAGAGCCAUCAUCCAGAGCGGCUCCGCGCUCUCCAGCUGGGCAGUGAACUACCAGCCCGUGAAGUACACCAGCAUGCUGGCCGACAAGGUGGGCUGCAACGUGCUGGACACGGUGGACAUGGUGGACUGCCUGCGGCAGAAGAGUGCCAAGGAGCUGGUGGAGCAAGACAUCCAGCCGGCACGCUACCACGUGGCCUUUGGACCGGUCAUCGACGGUGACGUGAUCCCAGACGACCCAGAGAUCCUGAUGGAGCAGGGCGAGUUCCUCAAUUACGAUAUCAUGCUGGGUGUCAACCAGGGCGAGGGGCUGAAGUUCGUGGAGGGCGUGGUGGACCCCGAGGACGGCGUGUCGGGCAGCGACUUUGACUACUCGGUCUCCAACUUUGUAGACAACCUGUACGGCUACCCCGAGGGCAAGGACACCUUGCGGGAGACCAUCAAGUUCAUGUACACGGACUGGGCCGACCGGGACAACCCCGAGACACGCCGCAAGACCUUGGUGGCCCUCUUCACCGACCACCAGUGGGUAGAGCCGUCGGUGGUGACGGCCGACCUGCACGCCCGCUACGGCUCCCCCACCUACUUCUACGCCUUCUACCACCACUGCCAGAGCCUGAUGAAGCCCGCGUGGUCCGACGCGGCCCACGGGGAUGAGGUGCCUUACGUGUUCGGGAUCCCCAUGAUCGGCCCCACAGACCUCUUUCCCUGCAACUUCUCCAAGAACGACGUCAUGCUCAGUGCUGUGGUGAUGACCUACUGGACCAACUUUGCCAAGACGGGGGACCCCAACAAGCCCGUCCCCCAGGACACCAAGUUCAUCCACACCAAGGCCAACCGCUUUGAAGAAGUGGCCUGGUCCAAGUACAACCCCCGCGACCAGCUGUACCUGCACAUCGGGCUGAAGCCGCGGGUGCGCGACCACUACCGGGCCACCAAGGUGGCUUUCUGGAAGCACCUGGUCCCCCACCUGUACAACCUGCACGACAUGUUCCACUACACCUCCACCACCACCAAAGUGCCGCCACCCGACACCACGCAGAACUCCCACAUCACCCGCCGGCCCAACGGCAAGAUCUGGACCACCAAGCGCCCCGCCAUCUCACCCGCCUACAACAGCGAGAACGGGAAGGAGAAGUGGAGCCCGGAGCAGGAGGCGGGCACCCUGCUCGAGAGCCCCCGCGACUACUCCACCGAGCUGAGCGUCACCAUCGCCGUGGGCGCCUCCCUCCUCUUCCUCAACGUGCUGGCCUUCGCCGCCCUCUACUACCGCAAGGACAAGCGGCGGCAGGACACGCACCGGCAGCCCAGUCCCCAGCGCGGCGCCGCCAACGACAUCGCCCACGCGCCCGACGAGGAGAUGCCGUCGCUGCAGGCGAGCCAGGCGCACCACGAGUGCGAGGCCGUGCCGCCCCACGACGCCCUGCGCCUCGCUGCCCUGCCCGACUACACGCUGACGCUGCGCCGGUCCCCGGACGACAUCCCGCUCAUGACCCCCAACACCAUCACCAUGAUCCCCAACUCGCUGGUGGGGCUGCAGACCCUGCACCCCUACAACACCUUCGCCGCCGGCUUCAACAGCACGGGGCUCCCGCACUCACACUCCACCACCAGGGUAUAGCCGCCCGCGGCCGGCGCACACCCACGCACGCACGCACGCACACGCACGCAGCAGACACUGGCAGAGGGACCGGCGGGCGCCCCGGAUGGACUGGGCAGCGCACACGGACGGUGCGGCACCGAGCCCGGACCUGUGGGACCCAACGCCGCUGGCCGUCCCGCUCCCCUCGGCGCUUUCUUUCGUUCCUUUCUAACUCUUGAGAAGUGCUUCGACUCUCCCGGCUCCCGGCAGGAGGGCCCCUCCGGUCCAGCCGACAGCAGCCACAGGGCUCCUUGUGCCGGGGCUGUGCCUCCCCGCGGGGACACGGCGUCCCCAGCGCCCGCCGAGCACCCCGGGAUGGGUGCGCAGUGGUGCCGGGCAUCCCCCUCGGCCGGUGCCGGGGCUCCCCGGGAGGUUUGGCAUCUGGAGCGCUGUGGAUAAGGCUCCGAGCGGCGGCCCCGGGCCAUGGUGCUAUAGGCAGAGGCAGCGGGCAGGGGCCCGGGGCCUGGCCUCGCGCUGGGUGCGGGCGCUGGGGCCGGUGCCGGGGCGCUGGGAGCCGGGGAGCUGGCCCCGAGCUGGGGACUUGGCACCUCUGCCCCUCUUUGCGCUGCAGAGAACCUCUUUUGUGUCAGUCGUUUCUCUUUGCAGAGACGUUUUUUAAGCAGAUCUUUAGUUCUUUACACACUAACGGAGUCUCCGCGUUUUGUCCUUUGUAAAGAUUUUAAACCAAGUGUUCUUGAUAUAAAAUAAAAAGCCAGUUAGAAGAACCCCAGCGUGUGUGCACGGUGCCGGCCCCAACGCGGCCCCGCGGCCCCACUGCCCGCACGGGGCCGGCGGGCGCCAGGCAGGGCCCUGCCUCCCGCGCCGCGAGGCCGCGCUCUUUUGUAUUUUUGAUAUUCUCCCUCUUCUGUCACCCGUGCCCACGGAUCUCAGCCAAAUAGCCUACUCCAGGGCCUGGCCGCGAGCACCCCACGGCCCCCUUUGACCCAUCCCACCCUGCUGCCAGCACUGUCCAGUGCCACCCCCAGCCUCUCCUGGGUGUCACCCACCAGGGACGCCCACAGCUGAAGCGCGGCCACCCAGGGCAGCACCCGGUGCUCCCCACGGCCUCCCUGCCCUGCUCCCCGUCUGAUUCCCACCCUGCCACCCCCUCGUGCCCGCUGCCGGGGCCGUGCUGCAAUUCCUGCCCCAGCUGUGGAUUGCAGCGGGCCGGCAGCUCGGAGGGCGAGCUGGCUGCACCGAGGGUGCUUUCUGCCUCCCGGCACCUGGAUGUGCUCGCAGCGGGGCCCCGGGGGGUGACGCAGCCUGCGUGGGGACAGGGCACCCAUCCCGGGGCUGGGGCACCCGCAGGGCUGGUGGGGGCUCCGGAGCAGCUGGGCACGGAGAAGGAGCUGCCCGGGAGCCCACCCGGGGCAUCCCAGUGAGGGCAGGGAGUGUGUCAGCCGCCAGCACGGUCCCUGGCACCUUGGGUGUGGGGAAGCAGGAGGAGGGGGACGGGUCUGGCAGCUGGGGACAUCUCCUGUGUCCUUGUGGGGCCGCCAUCCCUCGCCCUGCGCGAGCCGGUCCGGCUGGCAGACGCUGCCCGUGCUGGCGGCCGUGACGCACCGGUGCCGCCUGGCCCCGCGUGGCCCCGCAGCCCGCCCCGGCUGGGGGGUGAGGAUGCUCGUUGGAGAAUGUAUUUAUACCCUGUCACCCGCGCAGAGUAACAAAUUCCAAAUAAAACAGAAGUGAUAUUUUUA